GCACCAGAGACAGUUCUCCUUCCCAUCAUCCCCCAAUCCUCCGAGUCCCCCAGGAUGAGAGACUUUCAGAGGAAGAGGAUUUCCAGCGACAGUUCGGUGGCUGAUGCUUUGUCUCAGAGCUCCUCAAAGACUACCCUCUGCAGGAGAGGGGCAAAGAUUCUCAGUGUGCAUCGCUCUGAGACAACGCUGGCUGAGUUCAGCCCCGUCAUUAGCCCUUCCAGUGCUACCUCACACGACCCUGAGAAAGACGCAGAGUUGAUCGAAUGCAUCAGGACUGAAGACCUGAACAGACUGACGGAGCUGCACCGGCAGGGGGCGGACCUCCGUCUGCAGGACGCCGCUGGCUGCACGCUACUGCAUCACGCUGUGGAGGCCGCCAGCAAAGACAUCCUCAAGUACCUCAUCGACAACGUGCCCACGUCUCACCUGGACGUAACGGAGAAGCAAACAGGAGAGACGGCGCUGCAUAAAGCCGCCUCCUUACGUCAGAGGAGCAUCUGUCACUUCCUGGUGGAGGCCGGGGCCUCGCUCAUGAAGACAGACCUGCAGGGCGAGACCCCCAAACAUCGCGCGGAGAAAGCCGACGACCAGGAACUGUCUGAAUAUCUGGAGAACCGCCAACAUUACCAGAUGAUCCAGAGGGAGGACCACGAGACGGCCGUCUGAAGUCCA